AUGUAUCUUGCUUCAGCACUCGUCCGCCACAGUGUCAUUCCCUGUUCCCCGAUUAAUCCUUCAGUUGGCAUGACCAUUGACUGCCUGGAGUUUUAUUGUAUCGCACGCCAGCGCUGCCUGAACUUCCCUAUUCAAGCAUUUACGAAGACUCUCUGUGAUUUUCAAGGCAUGAAAAUUGCUAUCGACUGGAACCUCAAACAUGCAUGUCCUGCAUGUUUGUAUACCCUGGAUGCGGAACCUCAACUCAAAUUUAGUCUGUUGUAUGCAAUGGAUGGAAACGAUUUACUCAAGCGAGUCCCUGACAAGGAGCAUGCCAAAGAUUCACCAUCAGAGCUCCCGACAUCUCAAUCCAUCAUAGACUAUCGUUACUUGACCAGGGAGUAUGUGGAUUCUUUCACAGACACGUUAAACCCUCAAGUUGAUUUGUUCAAUGAUUAUGACGAGGAUAAUAACCCUUGUGUGGGUCGAUGGAAAAAUAUGAAGGACAACAAAAUGAAACGGAUGUGGGGAGUUUUUGAUGAGUUGGGGAUCUUUAUGGCAGUGUGUCAACACGAUUUUACACUUAUCAUUGCAGAGAUGGUGCAGAGUGGUGAACGUGCAAAAUAUCCACUCACUGUUGUCUCAAGGCUACUCGAUACAUUUGGACACAACCUUGGUGGGGGGUACGACGUUGGAUGUAGGUUCAAGACCACACUCUCUCGCAGCUCUCUUGGUCCUUGUGCCCAUACCCUGAAUCACACCUCGCUUGUCGGAGCUUUUCAUGGUCAUGCCCACCGCCGUUUAUGUCAACUAGAUCACCUCACAAUGUAUGUCACUGGCCUCGGCUUAGAAGACCUCGAGGGUUGUGAACGGACAUUCUCAAAGUCACAUGCGCUCGCUCCUGCCACUCAUUAUGCGAGUGUGUUUCACUGUCGUCAAGCAAUCUUAGGUUAUUUCGAGCACAACAACAAAUUUGAAAUAUAUCAUAAUUUGAUUACAUUCCUAUACAACAACUACAAACAGGCACUCGACAUUCUGUAUGAUGGCCAGACUGUUCUUCCAUGCCUGAUGCAGGAACUCAGUGUCAUGGAUGAAUCAGAACUCGAGGUGUGGCUCAAGAAUGAACAUGCAUAUCUCCUAAGUCGUACACAUGAGCUGGAGCAGGAAACUUUUCAAAUGGAAUAUUGGCAGAAGCUUGUAAACUUGUCCACAAGCAAGUACAUACCUAUUUUCUUUGAUCCCUGUGACGACACUUAUCUCUACAUGACAGUAAGACUCGAGACAGCACACUGUCAUGCACUAGAGAAUUACGAGAAGGACCUCAAAAUCAUCCACAACCUGGAGAUGAAGCUUGGUGUGGACAAAGAUUGGCAACCUGAAGAUACCAAGUGGCAAAAUGCUGGACGGCUCGUCGCCAACAGGAAGUACCAGCUGGCAUUGGACAUGCUCAAAGGACUAAUUGUUGCCAGGAUCUUCAAACUCUCCAAGAUGAAUAGGGCAGGAACAGGCUAUAAAAUGCGAAAACACAUCGGCAAGGCCCUCCAAGUCCGGUCUGCAGCCAUCCAUACAGCUCUCGACCGCUAUAACCUCACUGCUCAUGCAUUAUCCUCACCACGUCCAGCACUGAAGUGGGAAGAUGUUGUUGAGUAUGCAUUCCUAGCAGAUUUCGAGCUUCUCUGUGACGCACGCAAGGAUAUUUCACAACACCUGUGGGCUACUCCAUCUGGUUGCCAUGCAAUGGACUUAUAUUUCAAGAUGUGUCAUGUGAGGGAAGGAAUUGAGCAUCUGAAUGUAGAGAUCAGGCGUGUGGCUACGUAUCUGCAAGACGAGAGACAUUACCUGGAGGAAUGCAAGAUCCUAUUGCACACGCUGCACUCAGGUUUGGCCCAUCAAGUACAGAUCCUCCGGAACACAUGCGGCCGCUUCCUGGAUUAUCACUGCCAGUGGCUGCGAGACAUUGCGGGGCUACCUGGGUUUUCCAGGACACUGCUCCCUGGGCAGGCCCUGCACAACAGUCCAGGAGAGAGCACGUCCUCUCCGUCAGUUCAGGUGCCUCAUAAACUGUGUCUUGCUGCUGUCGAUGAGUCGUUGGCCUUAGGGACUUUGAGUGGGGAUGAGGAUGGGCUUGAAGACCUGGAGGAGGAGGAAGACGAUGAGCAAUUGGCGGAAGAGGAGUCUCGCACCUUGCAGGAUAUCCUAGAGGUCUCAGGUCACAAUUAA